AAGGGGAAGUUCACACUGACAGAGGGGGAUUCACGACAGCCCUCCCCAGCUGCGCUGCGCUCUUAAGCUGCAGCAGCUCUCUCUGUCCUCCAGAGGCGAUGCCGGAGUUUGGAGAGACCUAACAGCCAGCGCAGAGCGCAUCUAUCAUGCCUCGCACGGGUUUAAGAUAGGGACAAAGUUUGAACAUUUUAGCACUGACCUGCUUCUUUUUUUUUUUCACAUCAUGGAAUACUGGAGGCAAUGCGCGAUGUGGCUGAUCAGCUGCAACGUGCUGCCCGAGAACCACCGGGUGACCGCGGACACGGCGCAGGUGUUUGACCUGGCACAAACCCUGCGGGACGGGGUCCUACUGUGCCAGCUGCUCAACAACUUGAGACCUCAGACCAUCAACCUGAAAGAGAUUAAUCUGAGGCCACAGAUGUCACAGUUCUUGUGCCUGAAGAACAUCCGCACAUUCCUGACGUCGUGCAACACGGUGUUCGCGAUGAAGAAAAGCGAUUUGUUCGAACCCUUCGAUCUGUUCGAUGUCCGAGACUUUGGAAAGGUCAUGGACACUCUAUCCAAGCUCUCUUACACAGCAAUUGCACAACAAGGAGGAUUCAAGCCAUUCCCAACCGAGGAGAGCCUAAAAGACGAGGACAUUUACAAUAACCUGGAAGACUUGAUUGAUGAGAAUGCCCUUGAGGACGAGGACGACUUGUAUGCGGCGGUCUAUGGGCUAGAAGAUGACAAUGAAGGUGGUGAGAUCUAUGAAGACCUCAUGAGGACUGAGCAGCACCCCCCAUUGAAGCAGGCUGAGGUAGACGUCCGGAGCUGCUGUCUUGCAGAGAUCAAACAGACGGAGGAGAAAUAUACAGAGACCCUGGAGUCCAUUGAGAAGUAUUUCCUGAAUCCGUUGAAGAAAUUUUUCUCUGCGGCUGAAAUUGACAAAGUUUUUGUCAACAUACCAGACCUGGUUAAAGUUCACAAGAGUCUGAUGGUUGAUGUGCAGGACUCCAUCCUCAACAAAAAUGCCUUGAAUCUCUACCAGAUUUUCAUCAGCUACAAGGAGAGACUGCUCAUUUAUGGGAUUUACUGCAGUCGGGUGGAGAUCGCCGUCGCUGUGUUAGACCUUAUUUGCAAAGAGAAGGAGGAUGUUCGUCUAAAGCUAGAGGAGUGCUCUAAGAGAGCCAACAAUGGAAAGUUUAGAUUGAGGGACCUGCUGGUCGUCCCGAUGCAGAGAGUCCUCAAGUACCAUCUACUUCUCCAGGAGCUAGUCAAACACACUCACGAUGAGGCCGACAAGAGCAACUUGAAGAUCGCUCUUGAUGCGAUGAAAGACCUGGCUCAGUAUGUCAACGAGGUGAAGAGAGAUAAUGAGACUCUGAGGGAGAUCGACCAGUACCAGAGGUCUAUUGAAAACCUGAAUCAGCCUCUAAUCAGCUAUGGUCGCCCGAAAGGUGACGGUGAAGUGCGCAUGGUGUCCAGUGUUGACAAGAGGAAACAAGACAGACACAUCUUUUUAUUCGACGUGGCUGUCAUCGUUUGCAAGAGAAGAGGAGACAACUACGAGAUGAAGGACAUACUCGACCUCAACUACUUCAAGAUCACAAACAACCCCACGUGUGACAGAGAGGCCAAAAAGUGGUGCUAUGGCUUCUACGUGACUCACCAGCAGGGGCACAACGGCUUCGAAUUCUUUUUUAAGACCAGAGAGCUGAAGAAGAAGUGGCUGGAUCAGUUUGAAAUGGCCAUAUCAAACAUCCGACCAGAGAAAGCCAACCACAACUCGCACCAGUUCAAGAUGAACACCUUUGAAAGGAUCACUUCCUGUAGUUUCUGUCACCUCUUGCUCAGGGGCAUCUUUAACCAGGGUUAUCGCUGUCUAAAAUGUGGGCUGGGGGCUCAUAAGGAGUGUCUGGGUCGACUGGGAGUCUGUGGGAGAACAGAUUCUGCCAAGCCGAAGCCCAAGGAAAGCACAACACCACGGGAUCCAGGUUUACCCAGGAUGGUUGUGAUCAGAGACUACAGCGGCGUCCCCUCUCCCCACUACGGGCCCCCACUAAGCAUGCAAAAGGAGGAUAUCAUUGAACUGAUGUUUGCUGACCUGCACAGCUCCUGGUGGCAGGGCAGAAUUCAGGGGACAAGCAAGACUGGCUUCUUUCCAAGUGACGCUGUGAGGCCUUGCCCGCGUGUUCCAAAACCUGUCGAUUACUCUGCCCAGCUCUGGUUUGCAGGGCCUAUGGAGAGAUACCAGGCUGAGGUGGAGCUCCUGGACCGAGGAAACAGCACCUAUCUGGUUCGACACAGGAGUAAAGAGUGCACGGAAUACGCCAUCAGUAUAAAGUUCAACGAUAGAGUCAAGCACAUCAAAAUUCUGACCAAGGAUGGCUGUUUUUACAUCGCUGAGAGCCGGCUGUUCAAGACUGUGCUGGAGUUGGUUGAAUACUACAAGCAGUACUCUCUGAAGGAGGGUUUCAGCAGUCUUGACACCACUCUGCAGGUUCCCUAUAGGGAAAAUUCCAAUGGAAACAUGCCCAGGGCCAUUACCAAGGCUGGCAGUGUGUUUUCUCCCAGAGUGGUCGCCGUUGCAGUGGCUCGAUACGACUUCUGCGCCAGAGACACGCGAGAGCUCUCCCUGCUGCAAGGAGACGUUAUCAGGAUCUUCACCAAGAUGUCGAAUGGGUGGUGGAAGGGAGAGGUUGACGGCAGGGUGGGCUGGUUUCCUUCUACCUACGUGGAAGAGGAGUACUGACUUUGCUGGAUGAAUGACGUCUAUUCACCUCCAGGUAGCACCACGCCGCUCAGAUCUCUUUGAUAAAACCCAGGGACUCGGACUUAAGAGGAAGCAGCGGUGCCCUCAAAAACCUUCUCCUGCCCUCUGACAGAUUCACACACAGAGCAGAUGUCAUAUCACAGAUUCCAGGAGCGUCACACCAUAUCUUGCCUCUCCGCGGUACCUGUCUGCCCCCGCGGCCCACUGGGAAGUGCAUGUGCUGUGCCCAGAUAACCCCUCUCUCUCCUUCCUUGCUGCUCACCUUGUCUUAUUAUUGAUGACUCCAUUGGCUGGUGUGAGACUUGCCUUCACUGUCAUCAUGUUUCAAUACCAGGAAGGCUCAGUCACCCAACUGGAACACAGAUCCUGCUGACAGCGCACCACCCAGGUACUCCACCAAAUUGAAAUGCAGGAGCUGAGGAGGAGCAGCGGCUGUUGGAACACUAUAGCCCCCUGGGCUGUUUAGACUUUUGUGUUCAACUUUCUCUUAUUUUUCAGAAUUUUAAUCAUUGGACGGACGUAAACAAUGAGAUAUUUAAAUGCAGUUGCCGAAAUGUGGUUUGAUGCCGUUAAAAAAAAAGAAGAUGGAAAGAUUUCAGCGCCACAGUGUGAAACACUGAUCUAUCAUUCACGUGUGGUGUUUGUGUUGACUGCAAGUCAACAGGAAAUCACGUCCACCGCUAAUAAAGCUAUGUCUAUGAGCUUUGAUUCCUAUUCUGUUAUCAUUACUGUUAAAUAUUUGUUUAUUGGAAUCUCACCUCAACUUUAAGGAUCUUUAAGGAUCUUUACAAGGCACUGUAUUGGCGAAAAAAAAUGUAAAAACUAGUUUACGCUUUCAUUUUUCCCACCCAAAUUUGAAGUAAUAUUCGUCGCUGCCAAAAAAAUAAAUAAAUGUAAUAUGCAGCUACAGCCUGCAGCCGGUUAGCUCAGCUUAUCGUAAAGACAGGUGGAAACCAGCUAGCCUUGGCUCUCUCUGGAAGUAAUGAAAUCUGCUUACGAGCUCACUAAUUAACAUGUCAAAUCUUGUGAGUUUAAAACAACAAUUUGUGGUUUUCAUGAGGGGGUUGUGUGUGUAAGAGACUAUUUCUUGGCCAGCAGCGGUGAUUUCCUGGAGUCUCCGAGUCGCCUGGCAACCCCACAGCGAUUUAAAAAAAAGACACCAGGGAUUAGUAUGCUUACAGGAAUCCACCGACCAGGAUGGAUUUUGUUAUGUUGUUUUGUUCCCUAACUUUUUCCCCCCAUGUGUUUUCCAGUCAGCAUACUGAAGCUAAACUAACCGGCUGCUUCGUAUUUAAGCGACAAACACGAGAGCGGUAUCAGACUCCUGAUGUAACUUUCUCAUGAAAUGACGAUCUAAGCCAGGACUGACUAGUUAAGACUUUACCCCGUGAGGCGUGAGUGAUUCUGGUGAAUCAUCAGAAGGAUGAAGACACAUUUGGACAAUGUUUAAGGGGGAAAAAAAGAGUUCUCAGUGUCCUUCUGUUUGGCUUCAGACAUAUGAAGUCAUCAAAGAGAAAAAAUAUGCACAAAAGGAAUUACAAAGGCAAAUAAGUUUGAAAAGUGCAAGUUAUAGGUCUGUAUUUCACUGUGCGCGCUUUCAUCUUUUGAUCAGUCACUGUGGAAACCCGGAGAGUCCUUUUACAUUCCACAGAUUUUGUGUUUACCUCGACUCUUUUUGGUUUCGGAAUGAUUCAAGGGUGAUGUAACAGCUGUUCACUGUAGAGCAAGGUAGCACGAGGGCGUUAAGCGAUGCUGCUUUCCCCUUCAAACGUUAACAUCCCGCUAACCAUGUGUGUGACAUCAAUAUUUAAUAAAGGCAUACUCUUUGAAUUGUA